GCACCUUCAUGAAGCAAUCAUGUCAAGUCUCAAGCGUGUAUCAAGCAAUAUUGAAUCGAUUAAGAACAAUAAUUAUAGCUUAAAAUUGAGUCGAUGGUUUCUCAUAUCUAUCGGGGCUUGGCCUCAAACGCGCACGUCGACCGUAGGGGAAAAGUUAUCCGCGAUAGUGCUAAUUCCGGUCUGCUCGGUUGUGGUGGCAAUUAUUACGAUACCGUGCCUAUUAUACGUGUCAUUCGAGGCGCAGGACAUCCCAUCAAAACUAAACGCCAUCGGUCCCCUAAUUCACAGGAUUAUGGGCUCAGUCAAUUAUUGGACGUUACUUAGCCGAAGUGGCGACAUUCGCAAUUGUAUACAUCAUAUGGAAGCAGAUUGGAAGCUCGUACGAAAGACUGAUAAUCGCGAAUUAAUGCUGCAUUACGCCAAGUCAGGUCGCUUCAUCGCCGCGAUGUGCGCGGUAUUCAUGCAGGGCGGUGCAUUUCUUUUUAGCAUAGCUAAGGCGAUGAAGACUGUGACUGUAGUUAUCGAUAAUAAAACCGUCACCAUGUAUCCGAUGACGUGUCCGUUGUACCAGAAGUUCAUCGACACGAGAUUCAGUCCAGCAAAUGAGAUCAUGCUAGUCGUGCAAUUUAUGUCAACCUAUGUAACGAGUGCUUCUACAGUGUGUAUUUGCAGCCUCGCUGCCGUUUUCGCGAUGCACGCUUGUGGUCAGCUGAAUGUGCUGUAUGUGUGGUUGAACGAGCUUACUGAAAAGAACAAUGAAGGAAAUCUGCCUGAACAGAAAUUGGCCAAUAUCGUGGAACAUCAUUUAAGAGUCCUGAGUUUUAUAACACGCGUGGAGAGCAUUAUGCAUAAAGCCUGUCUCGCGGAAUUGAUGGGAUGCACAAUAAAUAUGUGUUUACUUGGAUAUUAUGCUCUCAUGAAUUGGGCUGCGUUUGAUGUAGCUAAAAUAAUGUCAUAUGUUCUUGUAUAUCUAUCGAUGGGAUUCAAUAUUUUUAUAUUUUGCUAUAUCAGUGAGGUUCUUACCGAACAGUGUAAAAAUGUUGGGGAAAUGGCAUAUAUGACUAAUUGGUAUAAACUACGUCAUAGAACUGCGCUUGGUCUUAUUUUGAUAAUCGCACGAUCGAGUAAUGUGAUCAAGAUAACUGCGGGCAAGCUAUUUAAUUUAUCUAUAACAACAUUUGGCGAUGUAGUCAAGACUUCCGUAGUGUAUUUAAAUAUAUUACGAACAAUGGCUAUGUAAAAUAUAGCAAAGAAUAUGUAAUGUGGAAUCAUAUUUUAUAUAGAACAGUUGAAAUAUUUCC